UGACACCUGGCAACCUGAGUUUGAUCUCCAGGACCCAUGACAUGAAAGAAUAGGCCUAACUCCUGCAAGCUGUCCUUUGACCUCCACACAUGCAUCAUGGCACAUGUGUGCUCACUCAAGUGUAUACACAUACACAAAAAUAAAUGCACUAAGCAUAAAAAAUCUUUUGAGGUCGUAUGUGUAAUUAUGCAUGCGUGUCUGACAUUGGUACUCUGCUCAGUACUUCAUUCUGAGAACUGUGAGUAUGGCUUUAGGUGACGAUUAUGCAGAGGUCUACCGGGAAAGCACCCUUGUUGGUUGCUGUUACCUCUCCUCUCCUCAGGGAGGAGGGCAAGUUUAUUUGGUUACCCAUUCCAAAAAGGCUAAUCAAAUGUCCCUUUGUUAGCAGUUCACAAAGCUUCCACUGAAUGUGGUUUGUGUUCCUUGAAUUCAGAAUGGAAGCAGAGGGCAGCGAGGGGAUGGUGAACCUCCGUUUGGGUGGAAACCUUUCUGUUUAGUAAACUUGAAGCACGGUCAGCCGAGACCAGAGAAGGUGCUCCUACAGUGGCGCAGUCCAUAUGCGAAGAUCGCCUGUGGUCCAGCUCCCAGCACACUGACCAUGGAGAGGAAAACGCCAUCCAGAGAGAGCCCUCGAAGGCUCUCUGUCAAGCCAGGCCGCGGCCCAGAGGUGAAAAGAGCAGCUCGACCACUCGGCGCGGCGGCGGCUGCCGACUCAGACAAGGACUCUGGCUUUUCAGAUGGGAGCUCAGAGUGCUUGAGCUCUGCAGAGCAGAUGGAAUCAGAGGACGUGCUGAGCACCUCGGGCUGGAGCAGAGAGGACAGGCUGCAGCCCAAUUCCAGAGCUGCAAACAGUGCCUUCCCCGCGCUGUCCCCGAUGGUGGUCAUGAAGAAUGUGCUGGUGAAGCAGGGCAGCAGCUCAUCCCAGCUCCAGUCCUGGACUGUCCAGCCCUCCUUUGAAGUGAUCUCAGCACAGCCACAGCUCUUUGUCCUUCACCCGCCGGUGCCAUCUCCUGUCAGCCCUUGCCAUACUGGGGAGAAAAAGUCAGAUUCCAGAAACUACUUGCCCAUUCUCAAUUCUUACACCAAAAUAGCCCCUCACCCAGGCAAAAGGAGUCUCUCCCUCAGCUCAGAAGAAAGAGGAGCGAGUGGGGUGCCAAAGAAAAUCUUCUGUAAGGAGAGACUGGGACCAGUCCUGUCUUCCAGCGAGCCAGCCAAGACUGGCUCUGUGCUCUCCAGUCCUUCCACUCCAGCCCCACCCAGCUCCAAACUCACCGAGGACUCCGUGCUGCAAGGAGUGCCCUCCCUGGGGGCUGGUGGGAGUCCACAGACUCUUCAGCCUGUGUCCAGUAGUCACGUGGCUAAAGCUCCCAGUCUGACCUUCGCUUCGCCUGCCAGUCCUGUGUGUGCAUCCGACAGCACUUUGCACGGCCUGGAGAGCAGCUCCCCUCUUUCGCCGCUCUCAGCCAAUUAUAGCUCACCACUCUGGGCCGCAGAGCAGCUCUGCCGCAGCCCAGACAUCUUUUCAGAGCAGAGGCAGAGCAAGCACAGGCGCUUCCAGAAUACUUUAGUGGUCCUCCACAAGUCUGGUUUGCUGGAAAUUACUUUGAAAACCAAGGAGUUGAUUCGUCAGAACCAAGCAACUCAGGUGGAACUAGACCAGCUGAAGGAGCAAACCCAGAUGUUUAUAGAGGCCACCAAGAGCAGGGCUCCUCAGGCGUGGGCCAAGUUGCAGGCCUCACUAACAUCUGGAUCCAGUCAUUCAGGCAGCGAUCUAGACGCACUGUCUGAUCACCCAGUCAUCUAGCACAGAAGCGUUUUCCAGUUACUUGGGUGGUUCUUUUACACUCUAACUAUUUCCACUUAUUUUCCACAGCCUAUUUAAAAGCUUUCUUUCUAAACUCACUCACAAAGCCACGUGCCAGUCCCUGGCUGCCGUCUUAAUCUGUGGUUCAUGCACAGGUUAAGUGCAUCUAUGUUCUCUGAAGACUUCCAAUUGAAGUGUCUCUGAGUCCUUUUUCCUUAGCCUGUGGCACUUAGCUGGAUCUUGGGACAAAGGCGAGAUAACUAUGGGUGUCUCCCAGCUUCCCACUCACUGUCCAUGGUUCAAGGUCCAGUGACAUAGAUGAGUGUACAGAAUGACACCUGUCAAACCAAGGACUCGGUGACCUAAGGAGCCCUCACAGCCCGCCCUCAAGUAUCUUAGUCACAGAGAAAAAUAUGAGGCUGUGUUUAAAUUCUACCAGGCAUUGUGCCAGUUGGGCGAAACCUAAAAUGCUUUGGGCACAGGUUGUGCCAGGGUGCAAGCAUUUAAUCACACGAGGCUUUGUUUCUUACACUUGUAAGUUGUGGGAGAAAGGGCAGAGCAUCUGAUUCACACAUUGGUCAUACAUCAGAUCUCACACAAGUAGGCAUAUACUUCAGAUUUUUAAAAUAUAGACUGGAUUUAGUACCAUCUGGAAUUGUAUUUGAUGAAUUGCUUCUUUGAUUAAAGGGUCAGAGAAGCCAGCAUUUUUUGUCACUAGCUGGAAGAUUUUGUUAGUUCAUGCUUGAAAUAGCACAACCUGUCUUACAUCUAAAAAGCCUGAGACAGGACUGCAAGAUGGCUCAGUGAGUAAAGGUGCUUGCUGCCAAGACAGCUGAGCUGAAUUUGAUUCCCUGAACCUACAGGGUAGAAGGAGGGAACCGACUGCUGCAGUUUGUCCAUCACACAUGCACACACACGCUAGAUAAUAAAUGAAUAUAAAAUUAAACAAGCCACCAUCAACAUUAGCAACCAGAAGCUUGAGAUGGCUUCGGUGGGUCCUCAGGGUCUGGUGCAAGUGACUCUCUCCUGUCUCUUGUCUGUGCCUCACCCAGCUCUUUCUGUGGGGAAAAGUGACUGUGCUUUUAAACUCUGGAUUAAGUAAAGCCCCGAGGUUAGAAGAAGACACAAAAGUCAGAGAGGAUCCUUCCCUGUCUUCACGUCUGAGUUCUGCCCAUCCCCUGUCGUGAUGGGGAGCGGUGUGGUGGUCUUAUGUCUCGUGUUAGCUGUGGCAGCAGGGCUGAAGUGUGGUGCUCCUCUCAGAGGCUGACCUUAGGGAUGGAGACUCUGAGGAGGGUCCAGAUGACAAAUUCUUUCCAGCUCCCCUGUGCUGGUAACCAUAGCCUAAGCAGUAAAGAGUCAAGGGAUUCUAUCCUCUUGUUUAAAAUUUUUAUCCCCUUAAAAAUCUUUGUCCUUCGCAAAUUGGUUUUAUGACCAGCAUCAUCUUUCUGCACAGAGAAAGAUGCUCAUGGGGCUAUACUAGAUCCAGGGUUAAGGGUCACAGGGUUUUUUUUUGUUUGUUUGUUUGUUUUUUAAGAUUUAUUUAUUUAUUAUGUAUACAAUGUUCCUCCUGCCUGUACACCUGCACACCAGAAGAAGGCACCAGAUCUCAUUACAGAUGGUUGUGAGUCACCAUGUGGUUGCUGGGAAUUGAACUCAGGACCUCUGGAAGAGCAGCCAGUGCUCUUAACCUCUGAGCCAUCUCUCCAGACCAUGGGUCACAGUUUUUAAGGAGCUGGUUGUGAGACUCAGGUUAACUCUACUGUGUUCAUAUAGACAUAUGAUUUGGAUAUGACUAGUUAAAAAAUAAUCAACUUGGUAAAAUCUCUUUACUCUCUGAUCAACGCAGAAUUAUUACCUGCUGUUUGUGCUCUGAAAGAGUUUCCAAAAUCAGAGCCCGUGUCUCUGGGCAAACUCAGCUCCUUGUGAUAUGCCUCCCCGCAAUCUGUAUGGUUUCAUAGCCACUCCACUAGGAAGCUUCCUUUUUGGCAGAAUGUCUGACAGGAAAGCUGUAGAGACAGGUGCAUUCAGAACAGCCUGGGCACCAGCCGCAAGUUUUACCGAGCGUCAGAAGGCUAGACGCACUUGCUGAGAACCAAAUGUACUCCACUGGAAAAGCCCUCAGUGGAGCUAAGCCUCUUGGACUCUUCCUCCUAGAUAUGGCUUUUCAUUUCCCUUCCUAUCUCCAUAAAAGACGAUGAAAGCCACCGUAGAUCUUCACUGUUCGGUGGCAGGGAGGGUCACCGCUCCUCUGUGAUCUUAGAGCCAUAACGGCAAGUCUCUAGGCUGUGUUCUGUUCCUGGUGGAGCUGGAAGCAGAUGAACGCUAGUAGAGAAGCUAGAUCUUAGGAGUGAGCCUUUGAGGUCAGAGGCUAGACCAGCGUUUGGAGGAAGCCUGGACUGGACCGGAAAGAUCUUCGUUGGUUGCCCAAAGCUGUAAGUAGCAAUAGCCCCAGUCAGUUUUCGCUCAGGCCAGCCCAUAGGAGAUCCUUUAUCGGGUUGUAUUGACAAUAUUGGAACACAUUUAGAAAGGUUCCUGAUUGAAUUAGUUAUAGAAUUUACUGUCGUUUGUAAUUUACUACAUUGUUUUACCGAUUAUAGCAUUGUCUGACUUCUCUGGUGUGAUUCCUCAGCACAGUUACUCUUGCACAUAUACUGAAGUGGCUUUUCAGCCACAGCCUCCUUAGGGUGUAGACUUUACCAAAUGUGAAUCUUUUCAGAGAGUGUGAAGUUAUAUAGAAACUGACUGUGAAAUGUCAGAGGAAAAAAUAAAAGUCACUUACUUGAAAACUAUUUGCUUUGUAACUGCUCGAGACUUCCAAGGACGGGGCACGUAGCCAUUGGUAGAGUGCGUGCCCAGUGUGUGAGGCCUGGGCUCCACCACAGUACCUCUGCCUUCCCAGCCGCUCCUUCAAGACAACCUUUCGUCUAGGGUAAUUGUGGAUUGCUACGAGUUUCAGACAUCAUGUGUUAUUUGGGAUAUGCAACUAGAUGCUGGAUAUUGGAAACUGUUCAGACUUCGGUGCUGUGCACAGACAGCCCAAGUUGUGUGCCGUUCUCAGAGAUGGGAGAACGAGGGGACUGUCCAGUGGCCGCUCCAUCUGACACACCACAGAGAACUUUAAAUGACAAUAGCUACAGCUGCGUGCUGGGAAGAAGCAAAGGCACACAAUCUGAAGCUCUUUCUACAACCGAGGUCCUCAGCAAGUGUGUCAGCCUUCUGUGCUCUACAGGGAGACAGCUUCCCUGCUUUCCAGUCCAGCCAGGAAAUGCUUCCUGCAUGUUUGGUGCUGGGAGUGUAACAAGUUUACUCUCAUGGAAAGAUUUGCAGCGUUGGCAGUGUGAAGUCCUUUAGAAUUAUUUCUGACCCACACAGUGGUCUGAGUGACUUUAAACUAUGGUUGUAAGGCCACUAAAGUGAAAUAAAAAUGGGUAAAGAGCCGGUUGUGGUGGCACAUGCCGGUAGGAUUUGCUGAAGGAGGCAGAGGCAGGAGGAUCACGAGUUCGAGGCCAGCCUGGGCUACACAUUGCUGGGCGGUGGUGGCGCAUGCCUUUAAUCCCAGCACUCGGGAGGCAGAGGCAGGCGGAUCUCUGUGAGUUCGAGACCAGCCUGGUCUACAAGAGCUACUUCCAGGACAGGCUCCAAAACCACAGAGAAACCUUGUCUCGAAAAACCAAAAAAAAAAAAGGGUAAAGAUUGCCCAAGAAGGUCUUUUGAAAUAGAGAGACCAUCCUUCUCCAGAAGUGGCAACCAGAAAAGGAGGAGAGACAAAAACUAGAUCCUGUGAGGUAUGGGAGAGCCCAGUUCCUUGAUCAGUGUCUCCUCAUCCACCCCACCACGUGGCUCCCAUGGGAGGAAGCAUCCAGGCAUCUAGGGCUGCCUGUUGGUGAGCAUCCUGUUAAGCUACAGCUUGAUAGCAUCCACUAUCAAGUUCAUAGCCUGUUUUUCCAUGUCUCUGGAGGCUGAACCUAGAGCCUCAGGCAUGGCAGGCAGCUGCUCUGCCACUGGGUGAAGUCCCGUCCUGCCAAACCUACUAUUCCUGGUGACUUGGCUAUGUCACAUAGCCUCCGAGCUGACCAAUGAAGCAGCAAUUAUCUCUAAGGUUCUCCCCAGCAUUGCCAUUUAUGAGGUCUGUGGCUGUGGCUCAGCAAGACUGCCCGUCCUGGUGGUCUGAGUUGACCACUGAGCCCCAUAUGCUAGAAGGAGAGAACUGGCCCCUGAAAGUUUUCUGACCUCCACAUGUACACCAUGGCAUGCACACAGUCCCGCCCCAAACACACACACACACAUAUAAAUGGAAUUUUACAAGUUGAUUUUUAGAAAAGACCUGUAGCUGCAUUAGAUGAGCCAUAAGUAAAAUCAUCAGGCUAAAGAUGACGAACUUGAGGACCUUAGAACAGGGAUUGAUUACCUGUGCGGUAUAGUACGGUGACUUCAGGUCAGAUUUCACCUGCGGUGUGACUCUGGGCAAGCAUGUUAUCAGUCUGCCGCUCUUACCUUUCUCCUAAGUACCUGAUUGCUGCCUGCACAUUUGCUCAUGACCAUAUAAAAACUGCCUUCAGCCAGACAGGGUGGCACAUAACCUUUAAUCCCAGCACUCAGGAGGCAGAGGCAAGUGGAUCUUUGUGAAUUUGGGACCAGCCUGGUCAUCAGAGUUCCAGGACAGCCAGGGCUACAAGCAAGACUCUCUCUGUCUCAACAACAACAAAACGCCGCAUUUAGAUUUUUUUCUUGCUUUGAGGUAAUAUCUUGCUAUAUAGCCCAGGCUGAUCUUGAACUUGUGGCCCUCUUGCCUCAGUUUGCCAAGUAAGAUAUUUACUUGUUUGAGUGCUGAAUGAGGAUUGAACUCAGGGCCUUGCAUAUUAGACAAGCACCGUGCUACACUGAGCUACAUCCCUAGUCCUUCAGAAAAGGACUUAUUUGUGUGUAUGUGGUGUAUGUAUGUAUGUAUGUAUGUAUGUAUGUAUGUAUGUAUGUAUGUGCACAUGGAUGCAGAUGUGUGCUCAGGUGUCCUCUGCCAUACUCUGCCUUAUUCCCUUGAAACAGGGUCACUCAUUGGAUCUGGAGCUCCAUGGUUUUUAGUUAGACUGGUGGCCAGCAAGUCCUAGCAAUCCAGUGUCUGACACCCCUUGCUGCUGGAGAUACAGGUGCAUGCGACCACACAUAGCUUUUACACGGGUGCAGGGGAUCUGAACUUGGGUCCUCAUGCUUGGGCAUCAAGCACUCUUCCCUACAGAGCCGUUUCCCAGCCUCGAACAAAUUCUUAUUAGCUGAAAAUUUGAGGAUCAAAUCCCAUUCUGUUCUCUGCUGUUCAGUUACCUGAAAAUGGCCCUUUCUUUCAUCAGAGAUGAAAGGUGUCUCUUGAAAAAAGUCUUUGCGGAUCUCUGUGAGUUCGAGAC